AUGGGGGAAGUUCACGGCAUGAGGACACCUCCGCUUCCAUCGCCGGCCGAGGCCCCUUCGUCUGUCGGCGCUCCUCAUUCUCACCAUGACUCCUCCCAGUCUAAGCAUGAUGGAUACUCCGCGGAUGAAAACACGAACCUGGCGGAUAGCACACGGAAGGCUAACUCUCGCAACUCUCCUAUUCUGCAUGAACAGACCGCGAACCCCUACCACUCGUCAGCGUCCACAAUUCAGCAUACGGAUUCGGGAAAAGGGUCCCAAGAGGACCAGGGGCGAAGCUCUCAAACUCUGAAGGAACUCCGGAGGCAGAUGGAAGAGCUGCUUGUGUAUCAACAAAUGCAGAAAUCCCAGAGCCAGAAUCUAUCCGCCACUCGAGAGCCUCUGUCACAAGUCGAUUCCGUUUCUCCGAGCCACCACGAGUCGUCGUCGCGAAAGAGGCGUAUCUCUAAUGUAUCGCUCUCCAAAGGUGCACCGUCAUCGACAGGGGCGAUAUCCUCCGUCUCGCAUCCAGACUCUGCUGGUUCGACCGGCACGAUAAAGGCCAUGGAUUCUCCCUCCGCAAACCCCUCGGGACACCCUUCGACGUACCCCUUCCCGACGAUGCAGUCUCAGCCAACCAUGAAACCGUCGCAAGAGUCCUCGUUCGGCCACAGCCCUUUCACCUUGACGCUCCCCGCUGAGAAACUCAAGAUUAACAUGACACCGCAAAGUAUGGCUGAACACCAGUCCGUUAAAACGCCCACGUCAAAUAGUUUUUUCCUUCCGCCGCAGCACAAACAAGUGGUUGAAGACUUGGCUUAUCCUACACCUAACCUGUACGAUCUAACCUUACGGCUAAAUGCGGAUCCUGGGCUGGAUGCAUGGUGGUCAAAUGUUGUGGAUAUAUUGCAAACGCACUAUGGGGCGGAAAGGGCUUCACUCGCUGUUCCUGGAGACGCGACUGAUCUCGAAAACGUUCCGUGGGGCCAGAAGGCGGUUUUUGGUGGGAACCUAAGGGCUGAGCCCGAUGACGGACAAGCGUUGCAUGGUGACACGACUCAAACGAAGGGCACUGGCCCCAAGGACGGCGAGAACGCAGACACGAAGGGGGGAUCUACUGCAGGGACCAAUGCAAAUAAACCGGCCUCAAUCUCGGCCGCACGACCUCCGCUCCUAUCACGGCAUUCUUUCGGAGGUUUUGGUAAGGAGAGGAAACAGUCUACCGGUCCUGAUCCAGACGCACCAUUUGGUCAGAAAGCAAAAGCUGAGCACAAGCGCGCGCAAAACCCUGCGGAUACAAUACCCACUGUACACGAAGACCGCGCGACCAAUUUCUCACAGUCUGUGGGAGCUUCUAAUACCUUGGAAGACAAUAACCGACCUGCUGUUUUCCCAAACCCGAGGCCAUUGGAAGUUGAAGCGGAUCCGCUCGUCAAGAGGACGGGUGUGGUGAAGCUAUUUGGGCGUACGGGGCCUGUUGUUCUCACCCGGGAAUAUUCGCAGGGUGUGACCGGGUCAGCUUCGCAGUCUCAAGCGGAGAAGGUUCAGACGCCGGAAGAUACGAUCCAGGUUACUCCCACCGAACCUCCAAACGUCUCCCAACAGUCCGAAUCCGAUCGCGUUAGAUCCCUGUCCAACCCACCUAGGAUCGGCCUCCAGGCGGCAAUACCCUCAUUAAUGGAGUUCUACGACGAAUAUGAACAAGUGCCUCCUUCGCCCUGGUCUCAGUCGCCUGCUCCAUCCCCGGCACCUCGUGCGCAUGCCGACCAGAAUCCCUUUUUUGUUAGUCACGCUGUCGACGAGGGUGCUUUCGCAAAGCACCCGCCGCCUCAUGACUAUGCAAAUCUUAAGCCAUUAGAAGCCAUUGGCGUUGACUUGGCUAAAUCUGUGGUUCACAUCCCACUUUUGCAUGCGGGACGCUCUAAGCAGGCCUCCCCGUCCACUUUGAGGUUCCCUGUCGCGGUUAUCUCAAUUCUUUCGCCCAUAAUGCCAUAUCACGCGAAUCUGCGGCAAUCACUGGCUUAUCUGAUGCCUCACCUAACCACUUCAUUCUGUCUGGCACAACACUACAGCCAGCUUGAACGGCAAUUUGCUUCGCGUCUGGAGAUUCCACGAUACGGGCAUCUGCUUGGUCUCGGUGGUACCUUUUCCGACGAGAGCAGCGAGCUAGAACUGGUUGCUGGCCUGAGUGGCCAUGUCAAUUAUACAAUUGCAGAUGAUGGUACUCUCUCAGCCCACGCGAGCCUUUCGAGUCCCGAUGAAAGAUCAAAUUCGACCAAAUUCAGUCCUGCCCUGUCCAGGCUUGGAACCCCUAAUUUUGAUCUGCACAGCCUUGCCAACAUGCCCACCGAAUCACCAGGCGUCGCUGCUAAAGCAAACAGCGACGCCGUCGACAGUUACUUCAACGUCAAGCAACCAAGGAAUUUCCGCGAGGCCAUUACUCAACAUCGCAACCGACUGUCAAAAGCGAAGCAGAGCGCCACAUCAACUCCCACUUCGCCUGGAAAGUUCAUGGGAAAACUCGCAGAUGAGGAUGCGAAUGCCCAAGAUCCAGGCAUAGUCUUGGUGUCUCCAUCCCAGGACUUCAAAGGCCCGUCGGUUUUGUCUCCAACGCAAACGAACUCUCGCCAUCCCUCGGGUAACUCGUUCUAUGCCCAACUGCCGCGCGAGCUGCCUCGUCCAUUCACCGACACUGUAGCGCAACUCAUGCUGAACUCCGUUCCUCUUCACCUUUUUCUAGCCAAACCCCAGAGCGGGGAAGUUAUCUGGACGAAUUCCAAGUUCGAUGCCUACCGACGGAGCCAGCCGCAGGAACAGAAGUUACGGGACCCAUGGCAGAAUAUUCACAGCAGUGAACGCGAGCACGUAUCUCAGGAAUGGGCCAAUGCUCUGCGAACGGGCUCGCAGUUCACUGAACGCGUCCGUGUUCGACGCUUUAAUGACGAGUCCGCCUACCGUUGGUUUAUCUUCCGCGCAAACCCCUUGUUAUCCGCGACGGGCGAGGUGCUGUAUUGGAUCGGCUCGUUCCUCGACAUCCACGAGCAACAUAUCGCCGAAUUGAAAGCUACGCAGGAGAGAGAGAAGUUCGCAAUUGACGCCAAAUACCGGGCCUUUUCCAAUUCGAUCCCGCAGGUCGUUUUCGAAGCAACGGAGUAUCGUGGACUGAUAUUCGUGAACGAGCAAUGGCAUCUGUACACGGGCCAAAAGCUGGAGGAGGCGCUCAAUUUCGGGUUUGCGAAACACGUCCAUCCCGAUGAUCUGGAGAAAUGCGGAUUGCUCUCACUCUACCUCGCCGAGGCUCAAGGCGGAAAGGUUCCCCCGGAAGCCAGUCAACUCUCCGAGGCGGCGAAAGCAGCCGUCCAGGAAAAAUGCCUUACUCGAGGAGUCACUCCGGCAUUGGAUGAACUUGUGAGACGUGGGGUUGCUUCUCUGCAAAAGGACGAGAAUGGACGGGUCUUCUACUCGACCGAAAUCCGUCUUCGCUCCAAGGGAGGCGAUUUCAGGUGGCAUCUCGUUCGACUGGUCCGAGUUGAGACCAGCAGUUUCGGCAGUGGAGAGGCUUCUUGGUAUGGCACUUGCACCGACAUCAACGAUCGCAAGAACCUUGAACGAGAACUCAACAAGGCAAUGCAACAACUCAACAACCAGAUGGAGUCGAAGACCAAAUUCUUCAGCAACAUGUCUCACGAGAUUCGAACCCCGCUGAAUGGCAUACUUGGCACCAUUCCCUUCAUCCUCGACACGCAGCUCGACACGGAUCAGAGACGCAUGCUUGAUACUAUCCAAAACAGCUCGACUAAUUUACGUGAACUGGUCGAUAACAUUCUUGACGUGUCUCGAGUUGAAGCUGGAAAGAUGUCAUUGGUCAACUCGUGGUUCCAUGUUCGGUCAGUGAUCGAAGAUGUCAUCGACACCGUCGCUUCUCGGGCCAUUGAUAAGGGCCUUGAGAUCAACUAUCUGAUGGAUGUCGAUGUACCUCCAAUGGUUAUCGGAGACAGGUUCCGAAUCCGUCAAGUUCUUAUAAACCUCGUUGGCAACGCAGUCAAGUUCACUGCGCAAGGAGAGAUUCACAUCUGUUGCUCCGUCUACCAUGGCCCCUCGGCCUUGUCAAAGAAGACGGAGUUACUGUUGAAUUUCGACGUCGUCGAUACAGGCAAAGGCUUCAGCGCUAGAGACGCCGAGCGUCUGAUGCAGCGGUUUAGCCAGCUGGGGCAGAAUGGCUCUCAGCAGCACGCAGGAAGCGGGCUUGGAUUGUUCUUAUCCAAACAGCUUGUUGAGAUGCACGGGGGCAGAUUGACGCCCACGAGCAAGGAGGGACAAGGCGCGAAGUUCUCUUUCCACGUCAAAGUUGAUGCGCCUCCGCCGCCAACCCCCGAUGAACCUCGCCUCGUUCGACAAACCUCUAACACGUCCGAAAUUCUUGGGGCGCAAAAACCCAGUUCCCUCCAGAAAAUGCUCUUCUCGUCAAAGGACUCUAUUGACUCUAAGAUUGACUCCAACGACUUUUCUGCCGCUCUCGAAUCGCCCCUCUCCCAAGCCCCGAGCAGUUCCGACCCUUCGGCGCGCUUUACCUCCAAUGCGUCUGAGCGUUCGUCGAUCUCUUCCGCUCUCCCCACCCCCGAUCUGUACGCCGCCGUGGACCCAUUGGCCAAGGUUGAUACAACCAAGCUUGGCGCCAGCUAUGCCGAUGCUCCAGCGCAAGGACAAGUCAAUCCGUUGACCUCGGCAAGCAGUGAUACCCUACAUCCACUGGUUCAAUCAUCAACCCCGCCACCUCAAGGCUCCCCCGUCUCCAGCACGCCGGCGCCCCCGCAAGGGAAACCCGAGGCUUCACAAUCUCAAAACCCCUACUCAAUACUCAUUCUUUGCCCCAUGGACAACACGCGCAAGGCUAUCAAACAGCAUAUUGAGCAAGUUGUACCGCAUGAAGUUCCAUUCUCAAUCACCUCCACGCCUGAUAUUGAAGAUUGGCGAGACUUCUUCAACAAUGACACUGGCUCUAAACUUACCCACUUGGUCCUCAAUCUACCCAAUGUGGACGACGUUUUGGAUGUGAUGAAUUAUGUUUCGGAAUGCGACCCUGCUUCUGCCCCGGCUCUUGUCCUCAUCUCCGACUUGUACCAGAAACGACAGAUCAACUCGAGGAUCAAAGAAUUGUCUUCCGGUGGCCGGCGUGUGUAUACCGUACCCAAGCCGGUCAAACCUUCUGCGUUCUCUGCCAUAUUUGACCCGGACAACCAACGCGAUCUUAGCAAGGACAGGAAUCAGGACAUGGCACGAGAAAUUAACAACAACUUCAAAACCAUGUCCAAGAUGGUGAAAGAAGUUAUCGGGAACAAAGGUUACCGGGUCCUACUGGUUGAAGAUGACGAGACCAACCGCAUGGUUAUGCUCAAGUAUCUCGAUAAGAUCAAAGUCAUGGCCGAGACCGCAGGUAACGGCCAAGAGUGCACGGAAAUGGUAUUUUCCAAGGAGCCAGGUUACUACUCUCUCAUCAUAUGUGAUAUCCAAAUGCCCAUUAAAAAUGGUUACGACACUUGUCGCGACAUUCGUGCCUGGGAACUGAAGAAUCAUUAUCCUCAAAUACCAAUAAUGGCAUUGUCAGCGAAUGCGAUGACCGAUCAGAUCGAAGAUGCCGCUCGUGCUGGCUUCAACGACUACGUUACAAAACCCAUCAAACACAAUGAAUUGGGUAAAAUGAUGAUGGGACUCCUUGACCCCAACCGGCCGUUGCUUCUCCUUCGAGACCGCCUUAAGGAGGAUCAUGAGAAUGACCAUCGCGAAGAGUAA